AUGUCGUCCACCAGCGAACAGAACUGCGAGGUACAGCUGGUGGCCGAAAUCGAGGUGCUUAAAAGCGCACUAGCGGACAAACACUCGCAACUGCUGGCGAUGGAGAGUGCCUGUCUGCAGGAAAGCGACCGACAGGUUGAGCUGGAGGACAGCAUCAUCGCGUGGCAGGACAAGUACGAGCGGCUGUACGAAUCGCACAAGCGUGUCCAAAAGCUGAACCAGAACCUGGAGGAUAAGCUACUGAAGCUGGUCGAUCGGAACUCGGGUGAACGGGCGCAGCUGACGAGCGAUGUGGCUACGUUGAGCGUCCGGUUGGCGCAGGCCAACUACAACAUUCAGAGCCUGAAGCGAGAAAUUGAGCGCUACAAGACGGACAUCAGCGUCGCGAUUCAGCUGCUGCAGUGCAAACCGGACAGCUUCGUCUCGCCAAAACUUUCCUCGCUUCCGAUCGAAAUCCAGUCAAAGGUGGCCACGUACAUGCGCCUCGACACAAACUCGCACUCGGACUCGGAGGGUAGCACGAGUGGCGUGGGCAUGGCCACCACCAACUCCUACCACGUCCUGCCGGCCUCUGACAGUCCGCCCCCCAUCUGCCCCUUCCCCCCGACCGCCAUGGUCUAUUCCAUGCGAGGACUUGGUAAGUACGGAUCCCAGGACGGGCAGCCAGGCGGGAAACCAGGCGCCACACAGCAGCAGGAAGCCACCCUAGUCGUACCACUCGGAGGUCCUGGCCCGGUUAGCUCAACCGAUAGCCUGCUCGGCAACGGUCAGGGCGCCGUCUCGCCAUCCGUGAUGGCAAAGUUCCUCGAGGACGAGCUCAAAUCAGGCAACACGUUGCUCAGCACCCCGAUCAAACACUGUGAUACGUGCGUGUGCACGCACGGCCCUGAUACCCGGCGGUUGGCCGCUUCCGGUUCACUCCUGCUGGCUGAUCUGCUGGGCAGUGAGCAGAAGUACUACAGCGUUGCGACACAAACUCUGCUCAAGGGUGACUCGAACCACGCGCUGUGUCUGCGGUGUAGCAGCAAUCUCAACUCACCGUCCCACAACAACAGCCCGUACAUGAUGAAGCUGAUCAAGUCGAGUGACAGCGUCAUCUCGGAGACGAAGAGUAGCGUGUCGGAUUAUCUCACCACACCGGACAAGGUGUCACCGACGGGUGGGCCAGUGGGUGGUGCGAGUGGACCCGGUCCGGUUCAUUGUGAGGUCGGUUCCGGUGGGGAUGGAGAUCCUGCUGACACGCUAUCGCUGUUGGUGUCUUCGAAGAAGGACGAUCUGAUGGUUAAUCCCAUCCUGGGGCACCAUCGGUUGGGUGUAGACCGUGCUGCAUCGCUUUCACCAAGUUCGGGAGAUCAACAGCAGUAUCAGCAGCAGCAAUUUGCCAAGAUAGGCCCAUCAAAGAUGACUCCAUCACAGCAGCACACCAAAAAGCCCGUAGAAGUUCAAGGAUUCAAGGCGGGUAAGGCACCGGUGUGUGGAGGGCAGAUACAGUCGACGCCACCGGCGCCACAACCGACACCCGCGUUGCCACCCAAGUUCUCGCACGAUUCGCCUUCGUACAUCAUCAAGGACACGGACCAGAUGAGUGGCAGCCACGCUACACCGAUCUCGUCCUCCGGGAAUGGGGUGGGAAUGGGCCCCGGAGGCAAGUACGUUGGGACGUCGGCCAGUGGAAGUGUGGGUAGUGGGCUUUAUCACACGGUCGGUAGCACCAACAGCUUGUGGAGCAGAACGAGCAGCAAGGACCCGGAGAAGGAUGGCGCGAAGAUGUUUGAGAUCUUCAACCGUAAUCUCAUCAAAACCAUCAAGGCCGAAAAUCCCAAGAUGUCUGGUCCACGGAUUUGCGCGUUGCGAAUACAGAAUGGCUCGAGCAACAUUCUUCUGGACAACCUCGUUGAUGACGGACUCGAAGGACUCGAUUCCAAGCCAGUCACACCCGUCAUGUACACGCGACGGGCCAAGUUCCUCGACGAAGAGUUGCUACUCGACGACGAUCCUUCAAUCGGGCUGAAUGGAGCGAUUAAAACUACGAACCUCCCGACCGCUGCGUCUUCCGCCGAUUCUAUCUCACCCACGAGCUACGGGCAACCGAUGGUGACUCCGGUUAAGAUGCCCCCAGGAGCCGCUACCGAAGAUGGUACCGAUGGACACGGCAACCUCGUUAGUGGUACUAUCAACCGGGUUGACGAAGGAGGUGGUGGUGGUGAGUGUGCGGGUCCAUCAGGAGCCAUCAAACAGGUGUGCAACAUGAGCACAACCACGUCACCACACUCGUCUGAUCGACUGUGUACGAUCGGUGAGGAAGUGAGCAACUUGCUGAUCAACACCAAGCUUAGUUCGGUUGGUCAGCCAAAGCCACGACUCGAUAUCAGCGUCAACAAGCUGGACGGGUUGGACGUGACCUCGAAGAAGUCCUGCACUCAAUCCAGCUCGAUUUCGAGCGAGAUCGACAUCCAAGAAAGCGCGAUCCUGCGCCGUCAACAGCUGUCUCGCGUAGCUGAGUGGGUUCAAAACAACUCGAAACUGGGCAACACAGAGCCACUCAGCAACACCGAGUCAGAUCACGAGCCAGCAGCCGCUCUCGCGCUCACCGACAGCCGCAACAAUAACGCCCAAAUGCACCCGUCCCUUCCGAAGGCUUCCAACGUUCGAGCGUCGAUCCUCGCCGGUGGAAAAGCGCCCGUUAUUCCUGUGACCGGUGAACUGAAGGUGGGUCGUCAUACACACCCAUAUGGUGGCCAUCUGCUCAACAACACCGACACCGGUGGCAUCUCGAACUUUGCUCAACCAAAGCCAGGUGUCGGUGGCAAGCACGGCUACAAUAACAACCUGAGCAGUGCGACCGGAACAGGACCUGUGCUGGAUUACAACAGCAAUUCGACGGUCACGCCUGGAAGCGCCCUGGGAGCGAUCCGGAAGGGUGGUACCGUGCGGACAGAGAGCAGUGGACCGCUUGCCGAGUGCCUCAUGGACGAAGUGAACCGGUUGGAGGUGGAUCCGGACCAGGACGAUGACAGCAGCAGUGUGGACCUGGCGCAGAUGGAGUACAACGUGAAGCAGUUCCUGCUGAAGCAGAACGAAUGGUCGACGGUACACACACGACGGCAAUCGCUCAUCUCUUCGUCUGCGUCUAGUGUGAAGGGUCGUGGAGACGAUCGACCGGUCAGGGAUCCUUGCAAAGGACUAUUUCCGGGAAUGGCCGUAGCGCAGCAGUCACUUCCGUACGCACACCAGAGUACCGGGAACGCGUACGCCGGUAGCCAUCAAUACCCGAUCAACCCACACCGGACGGAAACGAAUCUGUAA